GAGGCAGAGGCGCGGGGAGCGCGAGCGGGCGCUGCUCUCCCGCCGGCGGAGCGGGCACGGGGGAAAGAGCGGGCGCGGCGGGGCCGGCGAGCAGCCCCGGCCGGCCGGCGGCGGACUGAAGGUAGGAACAGCGGGACGGCUCCGGGGAGAGGGACGAGCCGGCAACCGGAGGAGCCCGAUGCCGGAGCGCCCGCGGCGCUCGACCGGCGGCGGGAGCGGAGUCCCGAGCGGAGCCCCGAGCGGAGCCGCGGCCGCCCCGGGCCGGCCGUGCCGCUCGGCGCCGCGCGGGGGCGGGCAGCGCGGGGCUCGGCGCCGGGGGGUCGAGGGGAUGCCGGCCGUGCCCGCCCGCACUGCCGCUCCGGCUGCCGCUCCGACUGCCGCUCCGACUGCCGGCGGGGCGCCGGGGAGAGGCUGCGGGGCGCCGGGCAGCCCGCGCCGCCGGGAGGAAAAGCGGUAGGGACUCGCUCGGUUCUCCCUCUGCGCCGAUGUCCGACACGGAGACCGGUUGCUGAAGUCUUGCCUACGCGAGGCAGGCGUGGCUCGACAGAAAACUUGUUAGAGAGAAGGAGCUUCCCGUUCGAAGUGCGUUCUUCUCGCGUUCGAGCGGUUGGAAGCCGGCGGAAAGUGAUUCGGGAGCGAUGCGGGAUGUCAGAAAGCUUAAGGUCAACCGGCGUGCACGGAGGUUGUGAACUGUAAUUGCCCUUAAUGCCGUUUAAGAUUAACCUCAGUGGUUAUCGGCGUUUGUUGCAUCAGCACCGGAGGGGAAGGAAUUCGUGUGAAGAAGCAAAACCGAGAGAGAGGCGCAGUCAGCCGUCAGCAGCUGAGCGGAAAGACUCCAAGCAAAAUGAUGGUCCAACACACCGGCCAGGUGUCUGCAUUGGAAGUCAGCGCCUCCGCAAUUGUCCCCACUUUGUCCCUGCAGGGUCACUGGGGUUUGAUGAUUUCACAAAUCUAACCCCACUGGUGAAAGAGGAACUUAGAUUCGCCAUCCAAAACAAACGUCAGUCCCACAGGAUGUCUUCUACUUUGGAUACGGUGACAGUGUCCGAAAGGCCGAUGGAAACAUCGAUCAUGAAAACGGAGUUUUCUCCUGAAGAGGAUGAAAGAAAAAAGCGAAGAAGGGAAAGGAACAAAAUUGCUGCUGCAAAGUGCCGAAACAAAAAGAAGGAAAAAACAGAAUGUUUGCAGAAAGAAUCAGAAAAGCUGGAGACUAUCAAUGCGGAAUUAAAAGCCCAGAUUGAAGAGCUAAAGAAUGAGAAGCAGCAUUUGAUAUACAUGCUAAAUCUUCACAGGCCCACCUGUAUAGUCCGGGCACAAAAUGGAAGGACACCUGAAGAUGAAAGGAAUCUUUUUAUUCAACAGAUCAAAGAAGGAACAUUACAAGGUUAAGUGAUACGGAAAAUGUGGAAAUAUUUCUAGUAUGUUUUAACAGCAACAGAAUCCACAGAGGAUCUGACUUAUGUGUAGGAUUCUAUUAGUAAAGAGCGUUUAGGAAGGGCAGAUCGCUUUCUUAAGCAGAAUGAAUCAUUUUUGGCUUGUCAGAGAUUCUUCCCCUCGGAAGAUCUGGUCUCGGUCAAACUGAAGAGCCUUCUGCCUCAUAAUAGGUUUUGCACCUGUCAUACAUGCUGUUCCUAGGAGCUACAGACAACAGCUUCAGAAGAUUUAGCUCUCUGCUAGUAUACAGUAUCUGCACUCACGACGUUUGUGCUAGAACACUAUGACUUCGAUGAUGCACAUGGUACAUACAGCUGUGCUGGAUGGACACUACUUUUCCUUGUGGCUGUCAGGGAAAGCAGACGGAGUAUUUUUAAAGUUUUGUAGUUUCCAGGAGGAUGGUUUCUGGCAGAAUGUACUGAUACGUAAUUUUGCAUUCUAACCUAACACACACACACACAAACACACAAAAAGCCUUUAGUUCCAAUUAAGCUUUGUAACCUUUUUCACAACACUUGUGUGGUUUUUUUUCUAUGACUCAUCUCAGAGACUGAAUUUGACAAGUCCUAGUAGGUGUGACAAAGAAAGGUUUCUUGCAAACUACCCAUGUAGCUAAGUUGGUAUUUUAGGAGCUGGAACCCCACCUAUUAUCCUUUGGGAAAUACAGUGUUUCCUUGCAUUCAAUAGAGCAUUUUGUACCAUCACUUGGCAACUGGGUGAAUUGGACCCACUGUAAAGAGGGAAGUAACUACGAAGGGAUUUUGAUACGGUUUUGCCCAAGCAAAGAACUGCAGGACUGAAUCCCAGGUUCAUGAAUCAUGAAAAGUUUAAAAUAAACCAAAAUCAUCUGGGAUCUAAUCCUACAAGCCUUAACCCUCACCGACACAAGAGGUUCCAUGGCCUGUAGUGAUCUGGUUAUACAGAUGGCUGUCAGGAGUAAGAUGUGGACAAGGCUUUUUCCGUCCUUGUCAGGAUUGCUUCCUUUUGCCAGAUGAUUCAGAGGGAAAAAUUAUGAUUGCAGCUACUUUUAUUUUAUGUUUGGGUGGUAACUACAGUCAAUCAAAAGUGUUACUUAGAAUCUAAAGGAGACAAGAGUUCUGAUGUAGUGAAUAAUUGUUCUCAUUUUUUAUUAAAUACUAACCUUAGAUGUUUCUGAACUGGUAGAAGAGCUGCUGGACAAUACAGUUGGAGCUACGAGUGUUUAAAUUCUGAUGUUUCUGUGAAAUUCUCAGAUUGUUUAAUCCUACGAAAUAUAUCCUUACAAUUUUUUUGUAAAAGAAAAUAUCCUUAUUUAUCACUAAUAUCAUAAUGAGUAAAGUUAAUAAAUACUGCAAGCAAGAUAAAACUGAAAACACAAGUGUUGUGCUGUCUUUUUACUUUCAUCUCUUGGUGUUUAAUAUUAUAUAUUCCUAAACUUUGCAAGUUGCAAGAGACACCAUUUAACCUUCAUCAUCUCCACAGAUGAAGCACUUAAGUAUCUUGAAUGAUUGGAUGCAGAGACUAUACCUCUCAAAAUUCUGUAUCUUGAUCUGUGGUGUCUAGCUGCUCAACGUCACAAUUUAAAUGGAACUUAUAGUACAUAAUAUUUUACACCAGUUAUGCAGUGUUGAAUUUGUGGUUUUAUUCUAAAGGCUAAACUUAAAGAUACCUCAGCCAUAAGCUUCUUCCUCUACAAGUCCUGGCUGAAUGUAUCAGAUAUCGCUCCUGAUCCUUAUAUGAUCUUUAUAUUCUGCAACAGAACUUCUUAGUACAUUUUCCUAAGAUCUGGAUAUAUUGUAAUGUCCUAUAUCAUGUUUAAAAGCUAUGUACUUCAUAUAUCUGAAAAAUGAAUGUAUUAAAAAGACAACACACUAGGUCUGAUUCUGUCCUGAGAAUCUGUUUUCUUUCUCUAUGUUGGAAGGAGCUGCCUUUGACUUCAGUGAGAUUUGUAUUAAUGCCCUGCAGGCAGAGCUUGGAGCCUCUGCAGCAACUUCACUGGCUCAGGGGGAAGGUUUCAUGGGGAAGUGGGCCGGUCAUUCGUCAGAUGAUAGAUAUAUGUGAAGUGUGUUAUCAGUAAAUUUGUCAAACAGUAUUCAUUGAUGGCUGACUUCUGUAGUAUGGGAGUGCGUAACUGAGGCCUCAUGAUGGUAUCAUGCUCUUUGGCUCUGCCUUUAGCACAUCAGAUACCAGCAGACAAAAGAGUUUGCCUCCUAUGCUGUUAUAAAGUGUUCCAGCAGAGACUAGAGUAUAAUGACACAAUUAAUGACUCUCCUUUUGGGAAUCUGUAUGGUUGCUUUUAACCAUACCGCUGAUGACGCCGGCGUCAUGCUUUUGUUGCUUGAUGAUAUGUAUUUAGCAUGCCAAAUGUUAGUAGGGUACCACUAUUAUUGUCAGAAGAUGAUUAUUUUUAUUUCUUUGUAUGUGGAGACAUAGCUGCUUUCUACUGUGUGUAUGUGUGUGUGUGCAUGCGUGCUCCUGCACGCUACUGUAGAAGUGAUGGUACUCAAGUUGAUUUGACUAUGCCCAUGAAAGACUGUUUGAACAGCUAGACAGGAGCAGUAUGUUGCAUGAGUUUUCUAAAAGUAUACGUUAUUCAGGAGAACCUUUAAAAUGCAUUAAAAGCAGUUUGUUUUCUAUUUUCAAGUUUGUUUUGAUACUUUAAUAAAAAAAUAAUAUAUAUUUA